AUGCCGCAGACCUACGCGGCGGACCUCUCGUCCAUGGCCCAAGCCGCCCAAACCACAGCGCAACAUGGCGUCGCCACCGCGAAGCAGCACAGCAAGGCCGAUCCCGCACUCUGCCCGACCGAUGACGAGAACAAGAUUAUGCCCGCGGCGAAGACGUUUUCAUUUGACUAUGCCUGGCGAUCAGGCGUCGCCGGAGGUGUUGCCGGUUGCGCAGCAAAAACUCUGGUCGCGCCCCUCGAUAGAGUAAAGAUCCUCUUCCAAGCCAGCAACCCGCAGUUUGCAAAGUACACCGGUUCGUCCUUUGGCGUCUUGUCUGCCAUGAGAGAUAUCUACGGCCACGAGGGCGGCCGCGGGCUCUUCCGCGGUCACUCGGCGACGCUUCUUCGCAUCUUCCCGUACGCCGGCAUCAAGUUCCUCGCCUACGAGCAAAUACGAGCCGUCAUCAUCCCCGACAAACAGCACGAGACGCCUUUUCGCCGCCUCAUCAGCGGCAGUCUAGCAGGCGUGACCUCGGUCUUUUUCACAUACCCUCUCGAGGUGAUUCGUGUGCGCCUUGCGUUCGAGACCAAAUCGCAGGGCCGAUCGCCUCUCAUUUCCAUCUGCCGACAAAUAUACAAUGAGCACCCCGUGGACAAGACGGCCACUGCAAGGUUACCCAGCGCACCGAGCCCCGUUGGUGAGGUCGUCCAAGAAACGGGAAAGGUCGUCGAGGCUGUGACGCCGCGCAAGGGCCUCAUCAACUUUUACCGCGGCUUCUCCCCGACCAUCCUCGGCAUGCUUCCCUAUGCCGGCAUGUCCUUCCUGACGCACGACACGGCCACUGACGCGCUACGGCAUCCUUCGAUUGCCAAAUACACCACCCUGCCGAAGAAGGCCAACCACCCACCUGGGAAGCCCGCAGCGCUGCGAUCCUGGGCGGAGCUGUCUGCCGGUGGCGUAGCCGGCUUGAUCUCGCAAACGGCUUCGUACCCGCUUGAGGUAAUUCGUCGACGCAUGCAGGUCGGCGGUGCCGUCGGUGACGGGCGCCGGCUGCGCAUCGGCGAGACAGCGGGCAUGAUUUGGAAGGAGCGCGGGUUCCGUGGCUUUUUUGUCGGGCUGACGAUUGGAUACGUCAAGGUGAUUCCUCUGGCGGCGGUGAGCUUCUAUACGUACGAGAGGAUGAAGCUCAUUCUAGCAAUCCCCCCCGCGGCCGGGCAAACCAUCGUCCCGAGCGCGACCGGCGAGGCGGGCUCCCCCGAGGUCAGCCUCGCGCGGGCCAGCCACCUUCUGAUACCCUCCUCGUCGUCGGCGACGACCGCGCUGCCUGUCGACGCCCCGACGCGGUUCAUCUCCAGCAGCGAGCGGCCGGUCGACCUGCGCUCCAUCUACUUUGCCUGGCUGAACCGCGAGCUGGCCAUCCCCGAGUACAACGCGUCCGCGACGGCGCUCAACGCGGAGCUCGAGGCCGGCGGGGCCAAGGUGCAGAAUCUGGGCUUCAUCGAGCGCCUCGACCUCAUCACCUGGCUGGAGGGCGCGAGCGACGAGUCCGAGUACAUCAAGCCCCUCGCGGGCGACGCCGAGGCGGCGGGGGCGGCGGCCCCCGCGGCCCCGGCGACGACCAAGGCGGGCCCGGCGGCGCAGGCGCGCGCGGGGAAGGGCACGAUGGACCCCAGGCUGGCGAGCAUCUACGACGGCGAGCGUCGCAUGGGCGACCGGAACACGGUUCUGAGGGGGAUCAAGCCUACGGACUUUUCACACGUGCGCAAGCUCGCCGCGCCAUUUAUCCAGCGCAAGUCGCAACCUUCCGCGACCACGCUGCCCUCCACCUCCGCCGCGCUAUCCCUCAACCAAAAGGGCCCGUCCAGGCGACCGGACCCCAUCAUCCUGCUGUCCCCCUCCGCCUCCUCUCUCCUGCGCCUCUCCAACGCGCGCUCCUUCCUCGAGGACGGCAAGUUCGUGCCCCCCGACGCCGGCGCCUCGACCGUCAGCAUGCUGCACGUGCAGCGCUCGAUGCGCGGCGUGGACGCGACCGGCCGCCCCGUGCGCUUCAUCCUCGUCGAGGGCCCCGAGCAGUUCAAGCCCGAGUACUGGAACCGCGUAGUGGCCGUCUUCACGACCGGCCAGGCCUGGCAGUUCAAGAACUACAAGUGGAGCGACCCCAACGAGCUCUUCAAGCACGUCCAGGGCAUCUUCGUCGGCUGGCGCGGCGACCAGCCGCCGGAUAACGUCCGCGACUGGGGUCACCGCGUGCUCGCCGCGCCCGUGGAUCGCUGGCGCGGCGGCGCGGACGCCGCGUCGUCGUCCCGGUUCCGCGACAAGGAGGCGGUCGAGUCCAUCUGGAAGACGAUCGAGCUCAACAUGCGCUCCAAAGGCUGGCGCAAGGACGCAGCGCCAACGGCGAUAUAG